UUCUGGCGGCUAUGUCCAUCUCCAACAUCGUCAAAAGCAGUCUCGGUCCAGUUGGACUUGACAAGAUGCUGGUUGAUGAUAUUGGGGAUGUUACAAUCACAAAUGACGGAGCCACCAUCCUGAAGUUGUUGGAGGUAGAGCACCCUGCAGCAAAGGUCCUGGUGGAGUUGGCCGAUCUACAAGAUCAAGAAGUCGGCGACGGCACCACCAGCGUGGUGAUCAUUGCUGCAGAGCUUCUGAAGAAUGCUGAUGAACUGGUCAAGUGCAAGAUUCACCCGACUUCCAUCAUCAGUGGAUACAGGCUGGCAUGCAAGGAGGCUGUGAAGUAUAUUCAGGAGCACCUGACUAUCUCCGUGGACGACCUGGGCAGAGACUGUAUUGUCAACGCUGCAAAGACCAGCAUGUCCAGCAAGAUUAUUGGACCUGACUCCAACUUCUUUGCCAACAUGGUGGUGGAUGCUGCGAACGCUGUCAAGACGCCUGACGGCAAGGGAGGCUACCGCUAUCCCGUCAAAGCUGUGAACGUGCUGAAGGCUCACGGGCGCAGCUCCAGGGAGAGUGUCCUUGUUCAAGGCUACGCCCUCAACUGCACCGUCGCCUCACAAGCCAUGCCCAAGGCGAUCACAAAUGCAAAGAUUGCCUGUCUUGACUUCAGUCUGCAGAAAACCAAAAUGAAGUUGGGUGUCCAGAUCCUGAUAGAAGACCCUGUACAGCUUGACCUCAUGAGACAGAGAGAGUCUGACAUCACCAAAGAACGUAUCGAGAAGAUCGUCAACGCAGGAGCCAAUGUUAUCCUGACUACCGGAGGCAUUGAUGACCUGUGCCUAAAGUAUUUUGUGGAGGCCGGCGCUAUAGCUGUCCGACGCUGCAAAAAGGCUGAUCUGAAACGCAUUGCCAAGGCCACUGGCGCCACAUUCAUGAUGACCCUGGCCAACAUGGAGGGCGAGGAGUCGUUUGAGCCGUCGUACCUGGGCCAGGCAGAGGAAGUUGUCCAGGAGAGGAUCUGUGACGACGAGCUCAUCCUCAUCAAGGGCCCCAAGUCAAGGACUGCAGCUUCCAUCAUCCUGCGCGGUGCCAAUGACUUCAUGGUGGACGAGAUGGAGCGGUCAGUGCACGACGCCCUCUGUGUGGUCAAGCGGGUUCUGGAGUCCAAGUCUGUCGUAGCUGGCGGUGGGGCCGUGGAGGCGGCUCUGUCCAUUUACCUGGAGAACUUUGCCACAUCCCUGGCGAGCCGUGAACAACUGGCCAUUGCCGAGUUUGCCCAGUCCCUGCUGGUCAUCCCCAAGCAGCUGUCAGUCAACGCGGCCCAGGACUCCACAGAUCUGGUGGCCAAGCUGAGGGCCUUCCACAACACCUCGCAGACGCGGGCCGAGCAUAAUGAUCUCAGAUGGGUGGGUCUUGAUCUGUACGAGGGCGUCGUGCGCGACAACAAAAAGUCUGGCGUGCUGGAGCCUGCCAUGUCCAAGGUCAAAUCUCUCAAGUUUGCCACGGAGGCAGCCAUCACCAUCCUGCGCAUCGACGACAUGAUCAAGCUGCAGGCGGAGAAGCCACCUGGUCAGUCGUACCAGGAUGCCUACAGAUCCGGGGCCCUGGAUGGUUGACCUAAGCGUGAUACCUAGACUCUGGGGUUGGGAAGGGUUUGGGAUGGGGGCGGCAUUAUUUGGAGGCACAAUGAUCAGAUGACAGAAGGCGCUCUGUGUGAGUGACGUUCACACAAAGGUCUGUGUGUAGAGAGCUUGCUUUUACAAGAUGUGUUCGUAUAGUGUCAAUAGCUUUUUAAUGUUCAUUUGCCAACUGUGUAUAAUUUCCUUUGAAAUGGUUAAAGUAAACAUGCCAUUCAAAACUGACACACAUAAAUUUGAUCCACCAAGGAGUUCCCCCCAAUAAUGAUGAAAUAUUCACUGCACGCUGCUAUUUAUUAAUUUCUGUUUGGCCCACUGUUUAUCUUGUAAUCUAAGAAUUUCUAAGUCUACUUAAAUUGAAGUUGGACUGUAACCUCAGGAUUAUAACAAGGUGUUCAACAAAACUGCUCAUUAAGAAAGUUAGUUGAUUGAUUUGUUAUCUCAUAAGGAAAUUGUUUUAGCCUCAGAUCUUAUCGUUUGUAUGCAAUGGCUGUUAGUUUUUUGUGUUGUUUUUUUUUAUAAUGUUAGAAGAAGAUAAGAAUUCUGUCUGUAAAUUAUCAUUUUCUGAUAUAAGGAAAGUGUGAUACAAAAUGUGUGAGUGCUGUUCGUUUGUUUGAUUGCUAAGGAGUUCGAGCCUCUGCUGUUUUUUGUGAGCUUUGCAUGAACAAGGUUCUGAACUGUCAUUUGAGUUCAUUUCACUCAUCCACAUUAGAUGUGCUUUUUUACUCUA